GGCACUGAUCUAUCUUGGGUUAGCGAGUUAUACAAAUCUUUGAUAGGGACGUCCCAAGUAUCCCGAAUAGCUUGGACCAUAAUGAUACAGCAGUGCACAGCUGAUAGAUGUUAGCCAGCCAGGCAGUGUAAACAUGUUAUCAAGCUAGCUGUCACAAAUUUGUGCAAGUUACACCGUUUCUGUGAGGAGACUGCUACAAACAAGUAAAUGAUCCGGCCAACAAUGGAGCAGAUACACGGCUUGUCGUUGUUUUUUGUAUUCUUCCCGGACCAUCAUUUUGGCUAAAUGUAAUCUCAUACAGCUAGCUAGCUAAAUAGCUAACUAUGGCCAGGGAGAGGUUGCUGGUGACUACAGUGACUACCUCAUGAAGCUGGUUGAGAAUCCCCAGAGUGUGCAAAGCUGCCAUCAAGGCAAAGGUUGCCAACAGUGGGAGGAGAGGUGUGUGACUGACUCCUUGACAGCUGGCUCCUCUGGCAUUUCACCAACAGAGCCAUGACUACAUCAGGCUGCUGCCACCUGCCUUGCUCCCUGUGUGACUACUCAGGCAGCACCGACCUGCCCAAGGUGGUAGAGGAGCCAGAUGCUGGCCAGGCCCAGUACGUCGCUAAGGUUACGGCCAAAGAUGGUCGCUCACUCUCCACUGUUGUCAAAGCUGUGGGCUCACAGAGUAAUGAAGUCAUGUGUCGUAUCUGCCACGAGGGGGCCGGUGGUGAGACGCUGCUCUCCCCUUGUGACUGCACAGGGACCCUGGGUAAGGUGCACAAGAGCUGCCUGGAGAAGUGGCUGUCAUCCUCCAACACCAGUUACUGUGAGCUCUGCCACACAGAGCUCACUGUUGAACGGCGACCCCAGCCCCUCACACAGUGGUUGCGGGACCCGGGGCCUCGCAGUGAGAAGCGCACGCUGCUGUGCGACAUGGCCUGCUUCCUGCUCAUCACGCCACUGGCAGCCAUCUCAGGCUGGCUGUGUCUGAGGGGAGCCCAGGACCACCUCAACAGCCAGUUGCAGGCCGUGGGACUCAUUGCCCUCACCAUCGCCCUCUUCACCAUCUACAUCCUGUGGACACUGGUAUCAUUCCGCAAUCACUGUCAGUUAUACUCCGAGUGGAGGAGGACCAAUCAGAAAGUGCGCCUGCUAAUGCCCGACAUAAAAGGAGCGCACUCCACUCAACAUUCCGUGCCGACGAAGUCGACCAAGAAAAUGACUGACGAGACCAUCGUAUGAGCACCGAGCGACGUGUUCUCGCAAAUAAAGUGUUACAUAACUCGAACUUCUGCGCUCUUAAGGACCAUUCUGGGGGAUUCUUUUUCCAUAUUCACUUUUGAAGCACUUGAGCCCAUUUAAGCACUAUAACCAUUUUGAUUUUGGGAUAUUUUGGACUCGUAGAAGGACGUGUCACUGAUGUCAUCGCCGGAUUAUGAACACUGGACUGGAACAUAAGGUGACAGCCAAUAGCGGGAUACUGAUGCAGCAUGUUAAUAUAGUAACAUACUACCUACCACCACCCCACCCCAUCACAAUGUAUUUAGUUUCUUUUGGACAACUGCCAUCCAAUAGACUCGUGAAUUUUCUCAGAACGACCAUGUGAACGACCAUGUUUAAAUAUGAUGUUCUCCGUUUAAUAAAAAAUCGUUUCCCUUUUUGAAGCUGGUAGAAGUUGGGAGGAGAGAGUGGGCUUUGGUGUCAGUCAAUGUAUGCAAAAGUAUUUGUAAUUUUAGUCUUCCUGUUGGACUCCUUUUGAGUAAACUGGGUCAUUGUGGAAUAAAAUAUAAGGGACUCUUGUCACCGUGCAAUG